GGACCUACCCACGGGCGGGAGGCGCCCCGGGACCCGGAGGUGGCCGCGCCCUGCGCCGCCGCGCGCUGACCUGCAGCUCCCCGCGCCAGGCUGGCUCGCGGGGCGCCCCAUCCACUGCCUUCCGCAGCCUCCGGCGCAAGGGCCGGGUCCGGGGAGCAGCGGGGCAGACAUGGCGGACCCCGAGGCUGUGGCCGAGGACCUGGACGCCCUCAUCGACGACCUGGACUACCUCCCGGGCCACUUCCACCUGGAGAUGCAGCUGAACUUUGAGCCGCGCUCUCCCGCGUCUCUGCGCGCCCGGGACCUGAAGCUGCAGCGGGAAGGCCUGCGGCAGGAGCUGGGGCUGGCGGCCGCCCCGCGGCGCUCGGCGGUGCGCCACCUCCUGGGCACCUUUGCCUUCUACCUGGAGGAGCUGGACGAGGCCCGCGAGAGCUUCCUCCAGGUGGCCCGUGAGGAUCCGGGCAACCUCAACGCCUGGGCCAACCUGGCACACGUGUACGGGCGGCUGGGGCAGGAGGAAGAGGAAGAGGCUUGCGCCGGGAGACUGGCCGGCCUCAUGGGCCUGGCGGCCGACGCCGACUCCGAGGCGGACCGGGACUCCCACGUCCGCGCCGCGCGCUGCCUGGCGGAGCAGGGCUAUGCCCAUGGCUUCGACGUGGGCUGCGCCAGCCCAGAGGAGCGCGCGCAGGUGCUGGCGGCGGGCAUCGCGCUCUACGACAAGGCGCUGAGCUACGGGCAGCAGGUCCCCAUGGAGGAGAAAAGGGGCUGGUACUUCACCAUGGCAACGCUUUUCAUCAGGCUAGAUGGCAUCUUCCUGGAGCUGGGCAGAGAGGAGCAGAAGAGGCUGCCCGCCUUCAACCGCACACUGGCCCUGCUCCGCCAAGUCCUCAAGUCCUCGGACCCCCAGCACCGAGCCCUGGCCUGGUGCUACCUCGGGAUGCUGCUGGAGAGAAAGCACACCUUCUCCACCACCCCCAUGGGCGUCCACGACUGCGGGUACUCAGGGACCGACCCCCUGGACUGCUUCGGCAAGGCCAUCGAGAUUGCCAAGGACCAACCCCCGGUCCUGAAUCGCCUGGCCAAAAUCUUCUACUUCCUGGGAAAGCAGGAUAUGGCCAUUGGCACCUGCAACAUGUCCCUGGAUAUCCUACGCGAUCCGGAGCUCAACUGGCAGGCGUACUGCACGCGGGCCAAGGUCCACAUCACAGCCUACCUUCACGACCUGGAGCGGGUCAAGAUGGGGCUCGGAGGCAUGCCUGACAGGAACCACCUGGCCUGCGCCAAGGCCGACCUCGAGGAAGUGGUCAAGGUAUGCCCAGGCCUCAAGACCUACCUGGACAUCGGCCAGGUCUACUACUACAUGGGCGUGGACGCGAUGCAGGAGCUGCUGGCGGUGGAUGAGGCGGCGCUGAACCAGGCGCUGGUCUUCCUGGCCAAGGCGGGCGAGUUGGAGCUGGGCGCCACACUGCCCGAGCUGCAGCUGCUGCGGGGCAAGUGCCUCCGCAUCAAGGGCGAGGAGGCCAACGCGGCGGCCUGCUUCAAGCGCGUGGUGGAGCUGGACGACGCGGGCUGCAGCCACCCCGAGGGCUUCGGCUGCCUGCUGGAGGCGCUGCUGGCGCAGUGGAGCCAGGCGCAGCUGAGCGACGGCGAGCUGGGCCGCGAGGUGGACGCGUGGCUGCGCCGCGCCCAGGACAAGUACCCGGCGGCGCGCCUGCGGCAGGAGCUGCAGCGCGUGUGGCGCGGGCACACGGGCGAGGUGCUGGGGCUGGCGCGGGCCCUGGUGAGCCAGGGGCGACCCGCGCUGGUGCGGCUGCUCUUCGAAACCAUGGAGGGCGCCCGGGCGCCUCGGGGCCGCCGCGCCUUCUCGAUCUGAGGCCCCGCCCUGGAGGCCCUGCCCACAGCCCAUCGGGCCAAAUCUGGGCCCUGCUUGCACAGGGCCCAUCAGAUUCUCUUUCGGGAGCUGGAGUGGGACUUGGAGACUGCAGGGCAGUUUGUGCUCAUGGAGGUAGAAGGACCUGGUCCAGGAGACCGCCAACGGAAGGGCAGAAUUGGGCAAAUGCGCCGAGAAAAUAAGAGGGCUGCGAGUCUCCUAAGAGAUACAGGAGAUGACUGUCUCGUUAUGUCGGGUUUCCAGUUCGCGGGACAAUCCCCGAGGCCUUAGUGCCAGUCUUUGUCCCGUGAGCGACACUCUGUCCUUAUAAUGAAGCCCUUACUCAAGCUGUGGAGUGGGUGUCAGGGGUCCUGCAGCCGGAAAAGCCGCGGCUGGAGCAGAGCGCAGAGCUGCACCGUGAACAGGAAAGGGGCAGGGCCGAGGUCAGCCCUGGGUGCUCGGGGCUCUCCCUUCCUGGCUAGCAGUCUCCCUACCUGGCUAGCAGUCUUCCUACCUGGCUAGCAGUCUUCCGCAGGCCUCAUCCUUGCACAGGGUGGGCUGCAAGGCUCCCAGACAAGGAAUAAAGCCCAUCAACAGCACCUUUGCUUGACUUCUUGUUCUGAGAACCCCGGGACCCACCCAUCAGGAAAUGCCACGUGCCCUGAUCUUGAACCUUCAGCAAGAGAAGGAAGAGUGUCUUAGAAUUUUAUACUCAAGAGACCAACCGAAGGACUUGUAUGCAUGCAUAUAAGCAUAACCAAUGGACAUAAGGCACUGGGG